AUGUCGCAACCGACAGCAACACAGCUCAAGGACGAGGGCAAUGAGUUAUUUAGGAAGCAAGACUACGUCGGGGCAUUGGCAAAAUAUACCGAGGCUAUUGCUUUGGAUGACAAGAACGCUGUUCUAUAUGCGAACCGUGCUGCUUGCAAUCAUGGAUUGAAUAGAUACCUGGAUUCUGUCGAUGAUGCGAAGAUGAUAUUGAUCCAGGGCUAUGCCAAAGGGUGGUCACGACUGGCAGCAUCUCGAGACGCCCUCGCGGACUGGGAGCGGAGUGCUGAAGCGUGGCAGAAGGCACUGGAUGCACUCCCGAAAACUAACUUUCAGUCCCGCGGAACAGCGGCAGAAAGAUCAGCUCCACGGGACCCACGUUUUGUUCGUUUCAAGGCCGGUGAUGGCAACCUUCCUUGGCAAAUCGCGACGGGGAUGCUUCCCGAACUCCGGCAAGCGGGUCCCGCAAAAUUCUCUAGCAGUGCUUGGGUGAUCUCAUCUGCAUACGAAAAUUUCACGAAAGGGGUAGAUUUUAUGAAUGAAUUGAAAGAAAUACCUCACGCUCAAGCUCCAGGAGGAGUUGCUUACGGCGGAAGUCUGAUGGCCUUGACGUAUAUGACCAAUGGCUUGAUGCGUGACGAGCGCGCGUUCUAUUUCAAUCAACCCGACUGGAUUACCAAGUACAACAAACAAGUCACGUUCGAAGCUACGGCUCGCCGAGCCUGGCACUCCAACGGACCCGAAGCUAUCAAGGAGCUGGCACAGAAACGCUUGAAGGAAAAGGGCUGGAAUGAUGUACGCCCCGCUUUGUCAGUGACUGUUCGUGCAUGGAUAACGAGAAGCAUGUUGGAAAGCCAUUUGAGAGGGGGACCUGACGUCGGUCUUCAGUUUUUGAAACGAGCUGUUGACCUGCUUGAAUGGGGACGAAACGUUUGGAAGAAUGUUGCCAAUGACGAUCGUGGAACGAUUUUCCAGGAUACGAUUUUGCGAAGCGUGCGUAGCAUGCACCUCAGGAUGUUUAUGGACGCUUACGCCACCAACCCUGGCUUGAACUCUAAGUUUCCCCUUGAACAUCUGAAGGAAGAAGCUGAAGACCUCAUCAAAGAGAUUGAAAUAGCAGCAAAGAACCCUAGUAAAGAGGAAGUUGACCCUGGCUUUGUAUCGUCUUUUUGUAUCUAUCCUGCUGGAAAUGCUUAUUCGAUGAUAGGAUUCUAUCAUACACAGACAGCUCGGUACAGCGAUGACAUUGCCGCGUGUAUUGGCUUUGCGAAUGGGGCAAGGGCAUACCUACAAGCAGCUAACACAUACCCCGAGGAUGACGAAUACCGCCCAUUUUACUUGAGCUGCGCUAUGGAUUGUAUGCGAAAUGCCGGUGUCUCUAUUCGCGAGUUCAAUAAAGUUGCCAUUGAAUUACGGGCAGCCGUGCCUAAGAUGAUGAAGAUAUGGGCGGUCUCUGCUCUGCAGCAAGGUGGACGAGACGAUAAAAUACAAGCAAACUUGCGCAGCGCAGAUGAUAUAAUGAAGCUUGUCGCCGAAGGAAAGUUGACGCUGGAAGAUCCUGUACCACUGUGA